ACCAACUCAUUUCUCAGUCUCUCUCUCUCUCUCUCUCUCUCUCUAAACUCUUCAUUCUGGUAACAUGGAGGGUCUGAUCAAGGGUUUGGUCGAAGUUGCUCUUGGUGUCAAUGACAACGACAACGACAACGAUCACGAUCGUGAACAACGAGAUGAACGCUCCAGAUCAUCUUGGGCUGAGGUCGUGUCCGGAGAUCAGGAUCAGGAUCAGGAUCAUCAUCGUCGCACUCACCAGAAUCAGACUCGUCCAGAGCAAGAGGAGUGGCAACCCCAAGGUUCCAGAAUCUCCAACACACCCCACAAGGAACAAUAUCGUCCUCAGCAGGAGGAGUGGGAAUCUGAAAGUUUCAACACUUCCAACAGACCCCACAAGUUGGAUGAAGAUAACAAUGAUGGAUGGCAGACAGUUGGUAAACCUUCAAGGCAGACACACAAGAUUCCAAAGGAUAACUGGCACGGCUAUAAACGGUCUCCUCAUGAGCAAGAAUACUGUAAUGAGGUUGAAGUUGGUGCUGAUGUGGAGCCCUCAGAAGAUGAACUUGCUGAUCUGUCACGAGCUUGUGACAAACUCUGGGAUCUCGAUUUACAUAGAUUGGUACCUGGCAAAGACUAUGAAAUUGACUGUGGUGAAGGGAAAAAGGCUUACCAAAAGGAAGAUAUGGCACAGGGGAGCUUGUUCACUUUUGUUAAUGAUCAUGUAUUCAGAAAGCCUACUUUUGCUCGAUUUCUUUCACUUUUAGAUAAUUACAAUCCCCAUCAAGGAUAUAAGGAAGUUGUUACAUCUGAAGAGAGACAAGAGCAAGCCUCUUUCAUAGAAGAAAUCAGUAGAACAGCACCAAUUAAAUAUCUUCACAAGUAUCUUGCAUCCAAGGGAAUUGCGUCAGAGAGUUCUCAAGAUUUCAAAAGAAUGAUGACCAGUCUGUGGUUUGACCUUUAUGGCCGUGGUGGCACUUCUGGUUCCUCUUCUGCUUUUGAACAUGUUUUUGUUGGAGAAAUCAAACAACGUGGUGAAGUUUCUGGCUUUCAUAACUGGCUGCAGUUUUACCUUGAAGAAGAAAAGGGGAGAGUUGAUUAUCAAGGCUAUAUUUUUCCCCGUCGAAGGGGUGAAAUUCCAGACUCUGAAACCCAGCUUUUGACAAUUCAGUUUGAAUGGAAUGGUGUUCUGAAAUCUGUAUCAAGCACUAUGGUUGGAGUGAGCCCUGAAUUUGAAAUUGCUUUGUAUACCCUGUGUUUCUAUGUCGGUAGGGAGGAUAACCACAUUCAGCUUGGUCCAUAUGCAGUUAAUAUCAAGUGCUAUCGUUUUGGAGAUCGAAUUGGAUCUGUUUUCCCCAUUGCAGAUUCUUGAAUUAUCAGUUGCCAGGAAUGGUAGUAGUUGUUCUCAAUGGAAUAACUUUGUAUUUAUCCUCUAAAGGCAACAAAUCAAUUAAAUGAACUAGUACCAUUUGGUGGUGCUUUUGUCUAGGAUAAAAAAGAAAUGAUUCUUGUGGAACUUGUUUGCUUCUUUUUUGUAACUCAGUCUUCAAUAUAUGGGUUUUAUAAUUCUCAUGUUGAAGGAGAAUUGAAAUCUCAUGUUGUAGAGAUAAAAAGCAUGUGGGACCCAUGUGUUAAAAAAAAUUAUAUGUAGGACCCAUGUCAGCUCGGAAAUCGAAGGGUGUGUAGGAAAAUUGUAAUUCUCAUGUUAAAUGAGAAUUAUAAAACCCUUCAUAUA